AUCCAAGCUCACGUGUCUCCGCAGCCGGCUCGGGAAUGAAGCGCUUUAGCAGAUUUGCAGUUUAGUUUAGAGAAAGAAGCAGCUGGGAUUGGAGAGAGACGUGGGGAGAAUCAGACCUGGGAGUUCUCAGAAGAAGCUACCCCCUCCGCUGUGGUGCAACAGGCUGCCCAGGGGAUGUGGUCGUGAGGCAGAACCCCCAUCGCCUGCAAGAAGCCAGCUCCUGGGGCCAUGGCCCAGGUCAGCAUCAACAGUGACUAUGGCGAGUGGGCCCUGAGCACCGAUGCUGGGGAGCGAGCCCGGCUACUGCAGAGUCCUUCUGUGGACACAGCUCCCAAGAAUGAGGGGGAUGCCUCUCCCGGGGGCCCAGGCUCAGGCACCACCUCCACGUUGGGAGCCAUCUUCAUUGUUGUCAACGCCUGCCUGGGCGCAGGACUGCUCAAUUUCCCAGCAGCCUUCAGCACGGCCGGGGGCGUGGUGGCAGGUGUCACCCUGCAGAUGGGCAUGCUGGUCUUCAUCAUCAGCGGCCUUGUCAUCCUGGCUUACUGCUCCCAAGCCAGCAAUGAGAGGACAUACCAGGAGGUGGUGUGGGCUGUGUGUGGCAAACUGACAGGCGUGCUGUGCGAGGUGGCCAUUGCUGUAUACACCUUCGGCACUUGCAUCGCUUUCCUCAUCAUCAUCGGAGACCAGCAGGACAAGAUAAUAUCUGUGAUGGCAAAGGAGCCGGAUGCAGCCGCUGGUAGCCCCUGGUACAUGGACCGCAAGUUCACCAUCAGCCUCACAGCCUUCCUCUUCAUCCUACCCCUCUCCAUCCCUCGUGAGAUUGGCUUCCAGAAAUAUGCCAGCUUUCUGAGCGUCGUGGGCACCUGGUAUGUCACCGCCAUCAUUAUCAUCAAAUACAUCUGGCCAGAUAAAGAGAUGACUCCCAGGGACAUCCUAACCAGGCCGGCUUCCUGGAUGGCUGUGUUCAAUGCCAUGCCUACCAUCUGCUUUGGAUUUCAGUGCCACGUGAGCAGUGUGCCCGUCUUCAACAGCAUGCGGAGGCCCAAGGUGAAAACCUGGGGCUGGGUGGUGACAGCUGCCAUGGUCAUUGCCCUCGCUGUCUACAUGGGCACAGGCAUCUGCGGCUUCCUGACCUUCGGGGCUGCGGUGGACCCGGACGUGCUGCUGUCCUACCCGUCGGAGGACAUGGCGGUGGCCGUAGCCCGAGCCUUCAUCAUCCUGAGUGUGCUCACCUCCUACCCUAUCCUGCACUUCUGUGGGCGGGCGGUGGUGGAAGGCCUGUGGCUGCGCUACCAGGGGACGCCAGUGGAGGAGGACGUGGGGAGGGAGCGGCGGCGGCGGGUGCUGCAGACGCUGCUCUGGUUCCUGCUCACGCUGCUGCUGGCGCUCUUCAUCCCGGACAUCGGCAAAGUCAUCUCCGUGGUUGGAGGCCUGGCCGCCUGCUUCAUCUUCAUCUUCCCAGGGCUCUGCCUCAUCCAAGCCAAACUGUCAGAGAUGGAAGAAGUCAAACCAGCCAGCUGGUGGGCGCUGGUCGGUUAUGGAGUCCUCUUGGUCACCAUGGGAGCCUUCAUCUUCGGCCAGACCACAGCCAACGCCAUCUUUGUGGAUCUCUUGGCAUGACCACUGCCUCCCAGGAGACCCAUGGCCUCUGCUGCUGGACCCAGGAAGCUGUCUCCAAAAACCAUGGGACCACCCCUAGGAUGACAUCCUGCCAUCGGGCUGGAAUGACAUCCUUGCAUCCCUCCCUCGGAGCGGUUCCAGGCAGAAUUGGGCCCCGCACCUCUGGACAGCUCGAACCACCUUCCUCCCUACUUCCCAGUCCUGGCAGUGUUGGGGGUGAUGGCAGAAGAGCUGUCCCCUAUCUCAGAGGAGCCUAGAACCCAGUAAUGGCAGAGGGAGGAAGGGGGAAGCCGGUCUCACUUCCUGCUGUGAGCAAAGGGCCGCCCCCGCUGUGCUCCACAGAGCCGCCUAUCCGGGCUAGGGCCACAUUCACUCCUGUAGGCUUAGCACCUGCUCCUGCCCAUUGGCACCGGGGCUUCCUCUGAGGCUCCAGCCCCUCCCGAGGGAGCGCUGAAACCACACAAACAUGCAGAGGCAAGUGGAUUCAGGCCUGCCUGUCCCACAACCCCACUGCACCUGCCAAGAGGCCCCCGCAGCCUCCCUCCUGUGGCUGAUUGACCCUUCCCAAAACUGCAGGGUCCCCACCCUGCCUCUAUCUCCAUUCCCAGUGGUCCCAGCUCACCUCCCUUCCUCCUCAGACAUCACCAAGUCUAAUGUUUACAAACGGUGCCAGCCUGGCCUCGAAACCAGGGCCCGCCUCGUGCCGCCAUGGUGCUGUGUGUAUUCCUCCGUUAGCUUUUCCACAGGCAGGCAGGGGAGGUCCGCUUUUCUCUGCCAGACUCUGGGUGGCCUUGCUUAGAGGUGCCAAGGCAGGCAGUAGAGAGGGCCCCCAGCUGGCCAGGAUCAGAGGAAAGUUCAAGGGCGUUUCCCUUUGCACCUACCUCCCUUCUCCCCCAGCCAGACCUACCCUGAUCAGAUAGAGCUGUGGCUGGGUUGGCACUAAGGGGGCCACUUGGAGCCCA